AUGUUGAUCCAGCAUUCUAGUCUCAGAUCCGAUCUAUCCGAGUCCCAGCGAACGGUGCGAGAAGCCAUCUCCAAAAUAUGUUCAGACUUCCCGGACAGUUACUGGGCCCAGAUAGACGAGUCGCAUCAAUUUCCGACCGAACUCUAUGAGGCGUUGGCACGCCAGGGAUGGUUGGGUAUCUGCCUGCCCCAGCGACAUGGGGGCUCGGAGCUUGGCAUUUCAGAAGCGGUAGUGAUGAUGCAGACUAUUGCAGAGUCUGGUGCGGGCAUGACGGUCGCCAAGUAUGGAACCGAGGAGCAGAAAGAUCGCUGGCUCACUCCGCUAAUUGCUGGUCACCAGAGGGCCUGCUUUGGAGUCACUGAGCCCAAUACUGGUCUAGAUACCCUGCAAUUGCAGGCAGCUGCACGCCGGUCGAGGGAUUGCUAUGUGCUGUCGGGACAAAAGAUCUGGAUUUCCACUGCCCAGCGGGCUGACAAGAUCCUUAUUCUUGUGCGCACAACACCACGCGACCGAGUGAAAAAGCCAUCGCAGGGCCUGUCACUUUUCUACACAGAUCUACAAGUUCCCCUGGUCCAAAUCACUGAAAUUCCAAAGAUGGGUCGGGCUGCCGUCGACACCAAUUCCCUUUUCUUCGAUAACUGA